AUGAAAAAAGCAGUAUUAUUAACAGGUUAAAUUGGAACUGGUAGAACAACUCUGUUUAAUAAAAUCACUAAUUCCUAAUUUAAAACAUGGCUUGGAGGAAGUAUUGCAACCCGUGAUACCUAUGUUAAAAAUUCAUAAUAUGGAGAAGGAUUUACAUUAAUUGAUACACUAGGAUUUGGAGAUUCGAAUAAUAUUGAUACAAUUUCAGGACAUUUAAAGAUAUUUGAAAAUAUUGAGAUCUCUAGAAUAAUGAUAGUUGCUAGAUAUGAUAGUAAUUAUUAUAGAGUUUAUUCUUGCACAACAGGGAUAAUAGAAAUGUUUUAAAGAUAUAAAGAUAAAAUUACUAUAGUGAUUACUUUUUUUGAUGAAUGUGAUGAAAAGUAUGAACCAAACUUCAAAAAUGAUAUUGCCAAAUAUUUUGAGAAAUUCUAGAUAAAGUCAUUUAUUAUUACUUCUAAGUAAGAUACUGGAGAAACACUUUGUAAAUUAUUUGAUUCUGAGAUUAAGUAUUCUUAAGCAUCAAAAAUUAAACUUACAGAAACUGAAAUAAUUAGUUUAUUAAAUUGCAAUGAUGAUGAUGAGUUUUAGUGGGAUUAUUAAGAGUGCUUGAGCUAGGUAAGUAUUUUCAUCCAUAAGGCUAAAAAGUAACUAUAACACCUGAAUGGAGUUGAUUUUAAAGAAAAUUAUAAAAAAUAAAUAAAUUGUGUCUUGUAAUAUAGUUUUACUAUAUUAAAUGAUUUUUUAAAUCAUAAUUAAGAUGAAAAACAAGAAAAUAUAAUCUUCAUAGAUUUUUAUAAAUUUUUAAGAGGAUAACUUAAUUAUUUUCUAGAAAUUGUUCAUUAGAAAAUGGGUAAGACAUAGUAAUGUGAAUAACAUAAUAUUGGUAUACAUAUAUAUUUAAAUAUUAGAAUUGAAGAAUCUUUUUGAAGAUUAAAUUAGACCUUAUAGUUAAAAAAUUCUUUAGAAUAUUAAUGAAAAUGUGAAAAAUUAAAAGAUCAAUUAUUUAUGA